UUCUCACAGAGGGUGGUUGGCGUCGAUACCUUAAGCAGACAACGAAAAUCGUACAAGUGGUCACAAAAUUUAAAAAUAGAAAUAUUUUAACAAAGAAUACAAAAAAAUACAAUUUCAAUGAGAACAAAAUGCAAAUCUUAUGGUGUUUAUUUUGGUGUAUAAUUGUAAAUUCUUUGGGAAAUUCCCAACAAUAUUCACAAAUAAAUAUAGGUGCCUUAUUUUAUGAAGAUGAAUUGGAUAUAGAGAAAACAUUUGAAGCUACUGUGGAACGUAUAAAUAGCGAAAAUGAGGGUAUAUUUAAACUUUUUCCACUUAUAAGAAGACUUAGUCCAGUAGAUAGCAGCAUUGCCUUAGAAAAAGAAGCUUGUGACUUAAUAGAUAAUGGUGUCGCUGCUAUUUUCGGACCAAGUUCAAAGGCAGACAGUGACAUUGUUUCUCUCAUUUGCAAUAGUACCGGUAUACCUCACAUUCUAUUUGACGCUCUUAGUGAAGAGCAUCAAUUGCAAAAACAAAACCAUCAGUUAACGAUAAACGUUUAUCCCGCUCAAUUGAUUUUAUCAAAAGCUUAUGCAGAUAUAGUGCAGAAUUUUGGAUGGAGAAAAUUCACUGUGGUGUACGAUGAAGAAGAUGUAAGUGCACCCACACGCCUUCAAGAUCUCUUACAAUUAAGAGACCUUCAUAACGAUGUGGUACGUGUGCGUAAGUUUAAGCGCAAUGACGAUUAUCGAAUAAUAUGGAAGAGUAUUAAGGGUGAAAGACGUAUUGUCUUGGAUUGUUCUCCUGAUAUUUUAGUAGAGGUGUUGAAUGCCUCCAUACCUUUUGAUUUAACUGGUCAAUAUAAUAAUUUAUUUUUAACCAAUUUGGAAACUCACAGCUGUAAUUUGGAGGAUUUGAAAGACAAUGUAACUUUUGCAGUCAAUGCUACGGCAGCACGUUUAGGAAUGAAUGGAAAAAUUUAUGACCUUAAUGUCUGGGAGCGAUCCUCCUUAUAUAGAAGUGAUAAUAACAACUACAAUACACCCUUACGGACUUUACUACCAGAUCUUAUUUAUGAUGCUGUAACGCUGUAUGGUUUGGCUCUUCGAAAUAUAUCAACAAUGUAUCAAAUUAACCCUCCAAGGGUACGAUGUGAAUAUGAUAACUACAACAAAGGACAAACCUGGGCUAUGGGUCGCUUUAUUAACAGAGUUAUGAAAACUAUCGCUCCCUUAAACGAUGAACAUUUUCGCUCCAGCUUAAUGCAAUUCGAUGAGGACGGUCAGCGUAUUAAUUUUAAAAUUGAAAUAUAUGAACCAUUAGAAAAUUACGGGGUGGCUUUUUGGGAUACCAAGGGACAAAUUACUCCACAACAUGUGCAGGCCAAUGUGACAAAGAAGUUCAUAUAUCGCGUGGCUACACGUAUAGGAGAACCCUAUUUUAUGGAAAAUCAAACUGCCAUAGAGGCAAAUAUAACUGGCAAUGGUCGUUAUAUGGGGUAUGCUGUAGAUUUAAUUGAUGCUUUGGCAAAAGAGAAUGGUUUUGAAUAUGUUUUUGUUCCAGUAGCCGAUAAUGCAUAUGGAAAGUACAACAAAGAAACUAAACAAUGGAAUGGUAUAAUAGGAGAAUUAAUCAAUAAUGAUGCUCAUAUGGGUAUUUGUGAUCUAACUAUUACCCAGGCUCGCAAAACAGUUGUGGAUUUCACCGUUCCCUUCAUGCAAUUGGGCAUCAGCAUAUUGAGUUACCAAAAGCCAUUCGAACAAAAGGAAUGGAGUGCAUUUUUAGAGCCGUUCACAAAAGAUGUUUGGAUCUAUGUAAUGAUUUCUGUAUUCAUUAUUGCAUUUUUGUUUAUUUUUAUGGCUAGAAUUUCCAAAGAUGAAUGGGAAAAUCCCCAUCCUUGUAACCAAGACCCAGAUGCCUUAGAAAAUAAAUGGAAUAUUUUAAAUAGUUUUUGGUUAACAAUUGGCUCCAUAAUGACAGCUGGUAGUGAUAUUUUACCCCGUAGUGCUCCCAUGCGUACGUUUAAUGCCAUGUGGUGGAUUUUUGCAGUCAUUAUUACCAAUUCCUAUACAGCUAAUUUAGCUGCUUUUUUGACCAACAGUAAAAUGGAGGGGUCAAUAACGGGUAUAGAAGAUUUAGCUGGACAAACCGCUGUUAAAUUUGGCACUAUAGAGGGUGGUAGUACAUACACAUUCUUUUCGGAAUCGAAUGAAACCACUUAUCGUUUGGCCUACAACAUGAUGCAACACUAUGAUCCUUCGGCCUAUACUAAGGAUAAUAUAGAGGGGGUGGAAAGAGUAUUGAAAAAUAAUGGUUCCUACAUGUUUUUAAUGGAAACUACCAGUUUGGAAUACAAUACAGAACGGAAUUGUAAAUUAAAAAUGUUGGGAGAGAAGUUUGGUGAAAAACAUUAUGCUAUAGCAGUGCCAUUUGGAGCUGAAUAUCGGUCCAACUUGAGUGUAGCCAUUCUCAGAUUAGGCGAACGUGGCGAACUUUUUAAAUUAAAAAAUAAAUGGUGGAAAAAUCAUAACAACACCUGCGAUGCAGAAGUCCAAAGUGAUUCCGAAACACCUGACAUGACAUUCUCGGAAGUGCGUGGUAUAUUUUACACACUAGGUGUCGGCGUGUUGGUGGCUUAUAUAGCGGGUAUUGUAGAGUUCUUACUUUACACACACAAGGUUGCCCUGGAAGAGAAAAUGACUUUUAAAGAAGCUUUCAUCAAAGAGUUUAAGUUUGUCUUGUGCGUUUGGAAUAAUAAGAAGCCGAUCAAUGUAACUCCAACAAAUAGUACACGAUCAUCAUCACGUUUGUCGGGUAAUACUAUAAAAUCGGGUAAAUCUGGAAAGUCGUCAAAAUCUUUAAAAUCGAAUUCAAGAAAAAAUACGCCACCUGCUGAGAUGUUGGAACGAAAAAGUUUGAAAAGUUUAAAGAGUGCAAUUGUCAAUUUAGUUGAGGGUAAAAUGUGAGAUUUUACAAAUAAUAUUGUGUUUUACAAAUUAAAAAAUAUUAAAAAAUAUUAGAAAAUAAAAAUGUAAAUUAUGAUUUAAAUCACAAUUUUAUUGUAGUUAUUUA